AUGAAAUUCGCCAAAGAGCUGGAGCAGGACUUGGUUCCUGAGUGGCGGGCAAAGUAUCUCGACUAUAAGGGCGGUAAAAAGAAGAUCAAGGCCAUCACUCGUGCUCUUCAAAAAUCCCAUCGGAGCCCUCGUACCCCAUCAUUUCGGCAACCCGCCCCUCCUUCUUCCCAUGCCGCAACGGAUUCGUUAGCCCCCUCUGCCUCCGACAAAGAUAUCGAUGCGACAACAAGACCCCUAGGACAGCCCCCCCAAGGUUCGCGCCCAAAAUCAAUUCCAAGGAGUGAACGACAGCCACUGAGGACCCCAGGAUCUCGAUUUUCAGACGCCGUUGGCAGCUAUGGAAGCAUUCUCGCCACCCCACCCCAAGUCGCACCCGCAUCGGAAUCAGGAUCGUUUGAGCUGCCCGACCCUGCGCUUGACCCAGAAGAGGAUUUUAUACCCCCCCAGGCCACCCCGUCGGGACAUCAAGACUCCCGCGCCGUGCUACCUUCGAUGCUCCACCUCCCCUUCUCGAUAACGACGGCUCGCCUGAUCAGAUCCCCCCCGCUCGCUCGACAACCAACCGCCCAGAGUCCCGAUGGCGGGGCCCUUACUAAAACCAGCUCGGUUAAACGGACUUCGCAGCUGCUCCGGCGUGUUCUGUCUCAUGCCGAAGUUGAAACUCUUGGUAAAAGAGCGGCGCUGGACCCAGCUGUUGAGGUUGAAAGACGACAGGACGAAUUUCAUGCAUUCCUGGAUGGCGAGCUCCAGAAAAUCGACUCGUUUUAUCUGCUGAAGGAACAAGAGGCUACUGAUCGACUCAAGGUUCUCCGUCGGCAACUGCACGUUAUGAGAGAUCAACGAAUGCAGGAAGUUUUGGCCGCCAAGAAGACAGCGAAAAGGGGUGACUCGGAGGAGCAUCGAAUGAAUGGGUUUGGAAAGCUCAACGGGGCCCGGUUGAAAGACACACUCACCGGGAAGUCUCGUUUUGGGAAAAACUCCCAGGCACUGGCGCAAAUGGCAACGCCAAACAUUAAUGCCCGAGACCGGGAGUUCAUCCAGAACAGAAGGGAUUUCAUGCGGCGGCAGGAUCCGCCAAACGAUGUGUCGUACCGGUCUGCUAAAAGGAAGCUGAAACAUGCCCUUCAGGAAUUCUAUCGUGGAAUCGAACUUUUGAAGGGCUACGCUUAUCUGAACCGAACGGCCUUCCGUAAGAUCAACAAAAAAUACGACAAAGCCGUGAAUGCUCGACCACCACUCCGAUACAUGUCGGAACGAGUUAACAAAGCGACUUUUGUACAGAGCGAAGUCAUCGAGAGUCUGAUGGUGGCCGUGGAAGAUUUAUACGCCCGGUAUUUCGAACGUGGUAACCGUAAAGUGGCGGUUUCGAAGCUUCGACAGAAGAUGAAGAAGUCGGGCGAUUACUCGCAGAGUACAUUCCGCUCUGGUCUUCUGCUGAUGGCCGGCACACUCUUCGCGAUCCAGGGACUGGUGUAUGCGUCCGAUCGUCUCGGUUCUUCUGAGGUGUCCGAAAAGGUUCGGACGAGUUAUUUAUUGCAGAUAUACGGGGGCUAUUUCCUCAUUGUUUUUCACGUCCUGCUAUUUUGUCUGGACUGCAUGAUAUGGACAAAGUCGAAGAUUAACUAUGCAUUUGUUUUUGAAUAUGAUACCAGGCACACCUUAGAGUGGCGCCAAUUGUUAGAGAUUCCUUCGUUUUUUAUGUUCCUCAUGGGUCUUUUCAUGUGGCUUAAUUUUUCAUGGAUGAAUUCCAUGUACAUAUACUGGCCGGUUGUACUUAUCGGACUGUCUGUCUUUAUCGUUUUCCUGCCCGCUCGCGUGUUGUAUCACCGCAGCCGCAAGUGGUUUGCCUUUUCAAAUUGGCGACUUUUGCUUGCUGGGAUAUAUCCUGUUGAGUUCCGUGAUUUCUUCCUCGGCGAUAUGUUUUGUUCUCAAACUUAUGCGAUGGGAAACAUUGAACUGUUUUUCUGUCUGUACGCCUCAUACUGGACGAAUCCUGCCAAAUGCAACUCCAACCACUCUAGACUGCUGGGAUUUUUCACCUGCCUCCCGGCGGUUUGGCGAGCAUUCCAGUGCAUUCGUCGAUAUGCCGAUACCAAGAAUGCCUUCCCUCACCUGCUUAACUUAGGGAAGUAUAUUUUUAGUGUUCUGUACUACGCAACCCUGAGCAUGUAUCGCAUCGACCGCUAUACGAGAUUCCAGGCGUCAUUCAUUACCUUCGCUCUUCUUAAUGCCGUUUAUACCUCAGUCUGGGAUUUGAUCAUGGAUUGGAGUCUGGGUAACCCAUACGCCAAGAACCCACUCCUGCGUGAGGUCAUUGCCUUCCGACGAGUCUGGGUUUACUACGCAGCCAUGGUGCUAGAUGUCGUGAUUCGAUUCAACUGGAUCGUCUACGCCAUUUGGUCUCAUGACAUUCAGCACUCAGCAGUCCUCAGCUUUGUUGUUGCACUCUCCGAAAUUUUCCGUCGUGGUGUGUGGUCCAUCUUCCGGGUGGAGAAUGAACAUUGUACGAAUGUGCUCUUGUUCCGAGCUUCAAGGGAUGUACCUCUUCCUUACGAAAUUCCGGAUAUUCCAACGCCCGGUUUGGACGGCCCUCAGCCGGACGAUGUGCAGUUGCAAGAACAGCAGCAUGUCGCGACGCCAUUCCUUCAGCCAGCAGAUAUCGAACAGGGAGCCCGGCCUACAUCCAGUCUACGUGCUCGGAACGGACGCCCCUCUGCUGGCAUCAUUCGCGUCGGCACUAUUGUUGCCUCGGCACAUGCCCAGGACUUCCAGCGCCGUAGGCUCCCGACUUACAUGUCCAACGCUAGCAUGUCUCAUGAGAUACACCACACUCCAGACGACUCCACUGAUGAGGAUGAGGAUGCCGCAUUGACUACCGACGAUGAUUCUGGAUCCGUCGCCGAUGUUGCGCAUGAUGAACCACAACUACCGCCUACUGAACGGCAGUCCCCAACCAUGCGCCGCAUCGUCGAGUAG